AUGGCAGAAGAGAAUCGAUCCUUGGCAGCAGAGUUCAUUCUUGAGGGCUUUAGUGAUCAUCCCAAGAUGAAGGCGGCCCUCUUUGUGGUGUUUCUGCUCAUCUACGUCAUCACCCUUUUGGGCAAUGUGGGGAUAAUUGUCCUCAUCCGAGCUGACCCCAGGCUCCACACUUCCAUGUACUUCUUCCUCAGCAGCCUCUCGGUGGUCGACAUCUGCUUUUCGUCUGUGACUACCCCCAGGACCCUGGUGAACUUCCUAUCAGAGAGGAGGACUAUUUCCUUCACUGGCUGUACAGGCCAAACUUUCUUCUACAUUGUGUUUGUGACCGCUGAGUGCUUCCUGCUGGCUGUCAUGGCUUAUGACCGGUACGUUGCCAUCUGUAACCCAUUGCUCUACUCAACCAUUAUGACUCGCAGGCAGUGCAUGCAGUUAGUGGUAGGGUCCUACGUCGGGGGCAUCCUCAAUGCCAUUAUACAGAUGGCCUUCAUUGUGAGACUGCCCUUCUGUGGCUCCAACAUCAUAAACCACUUCUUCUGUGAUGUUCCUCCCCUCCUGGCCCUCUCCUGUGCCAGCACCUACAUCAACGAGAUGAUCCUCUUCUCCCUAGCUGGAAUCAUUGAACUCAGCACUGUCGUCAUCAUCCUGGUCUCCUACAUCUUCAUCUCCUGUGCCAUCCUGAGGAUCCGUUCAGCUGAAGGCAGGCAAAAAGCCCUCUCCACCUGUGCAUCCCACCUGACAGCUGUCACCCUGUUGUACGGAACAACAAUAUUCAUGUAUUUGCGGCCCAGCUCCAGUUAUUCCCUCAACACGGACAAGGUGGUCUCUGUCUUUUAUACAGUGGUGAUUCCGAUGCUGAACCCGCUCAUCUACAGCCUGAGGAACCAGGAGGUGAAGGAUGCCUUGAGGAAAACAGUUGGCAAAAAGCUUUUUUAA